AUGCAGGUGCGUCGCGACAACUUCCCGGCGGUCUUCCCACACUUCCAGAAGCUUCUGCACACAUGCGAUUUCUACGCAGUAGAUGAAGAGAUGACGGGCAUUGGGGUGCCGGAGGUAACAGAGACAAUUACCUUUGCGCCGUCGGAGACGUACCACUCGAAGCGGCUUGCAGCGAGCCGAUAUUCGAUCAUCCAGGUCGGCGUGUGUCUCUUCCGUCGCAUCCCCGUGUCGUCCAGUGCUGCUGCUGCCGGUGUCGGCGCGCCGGCGCCGCAGCGCUACGUGGCGUACCCGUUUAACUUUCUACUCUUCCCGCAGUUUGCGGACGACUACACGGCCGAGGAGCGUGCCGGCGACGUUGUGGUGAGUCCGUCGGCGCUGGCCUUUCUGCGGCGCCACGGCAUGGACUUUCAAAGGUGGGUGUACGACGGCAUGGCCUUCUGCGACGCCUCGCGCGAGGCGGCCCUGCGCGCGCGACUCGCGGCGACGGUGUCACAGCCGGAGACGGCUGCGGAGUCGCUCUUCACGGAUGCGGAGAGGUUGUGGUUGGAGGAGGCGAGGCAAACGGCACAGGCGCUGGUGGGGCGCGUCGAGGCGGCGUGGGCAGAGGCGCGGCAACAGAAGGUAGGCAGUGUGUCGUUCCUAGCGUCGGUUGCGGUGGAGGGUGGAAAGGAGGCGGUGCUGCCGGUGCAAGCAAGUCGCGCAGCGCGUGAGCAGCUAGAGCUGGAGCUGGCGCGUGAAUAUCCGCAGCUGUCGGUGCGCUCGCGGCGGGCGGGUCCGAGUGGGUAUGUGGUAACAUUGGCGGUGCUGUCGCCGGAGGAGGUGUCGAAGCAUGCGUGGAGGGCAGCGCAGAAGGAGCGGCGGCAGCUGCUUGACACAGUCGGCUUCCGACUUGUCUUCACGGAGCUGGUGAAGAGCCGCAAGCCUUGCGUCGGCCACAACUGCUUCGCUGACUGGCUUUUCCUCAUGUCCGCGAUGGACGGCGCGCUGCCGGAGCAGCUGCCGCAGUGGAAGGCGCGUGCGCGGGAGCUGUUUCCGUGCAUGUGGGACACUCGCUACCUGGCGUCGCGCCACGAUCUGUUUCCGCGCAGUCGGUUUGACAAUAUCAGCCUUGGCGGCCUGCACGAGGCAUACAUGGGCGCGUCGCCGCACUGCACCGUUGAGCUGCCGCUGGGCUUUGAGGGGUACGACCCAGUGACGCUGCUGGGGCGUGGCGGUAGCAAUGCAGCGCACGAGGCUGGGUACGAUGCGCUCAUGACGGGUACAGUGCUGCUCAACCUGCUGGGCGAGGCGGGAUACACGCUGGAGACUGCGCCAGCGGAGCUGAGCCACAAGCUGGCGCUCUUUCGCUCCCUCUAUGCCGUGGACCUGCGCAGCGAUACGGCGGACGAGUACACGCCGACAGCGGCGGGGGUCCUGGACCUGGAGCACGCGGCGACGGUGAAGCUGCACCACAUCGAGUCGUGCCUAGCGGUGCAGGACGUGACUGAGGUGUCACUCUACAGCGUGACGGACGGGCGGACGCUUGGUGUCCUGCCGGCUGAUGCGCCGUCGGCCGAGGUGCUGGCGCGGCGGCUGAACGAGAAUUGCUCGCGCCUGCUGCGCGCCGCACCGUACGUGCCGCCACAUCUUUGCCCCCAAUCGCCGGGCACAGCUGGGAGGACGGCGGCCACUGUGGUGUCCACAUUUCCGAUGCCUGCGCCGGAAGGGCUUCUGCUUGGUGGCGGGGGUGGGGCGAUGCGGCGCACGAUGCAGCGGCUGAUGCGGUGCCGCCGCUGGUAA